ACCACAGCCAACAAAACAAAAACACAGCUGAUUCAUGAUUUGUUUAGAGUCGAUAAAGAAAAAUUAUAACAAAGACACAAAUUGAAUUUGACGCCCCAUUUUCACUAAUCUGUACUGUAAUUCUAUAAUUCUUUGUUGAAUCUUAGUAAUUUAAGUAACGAUUAAAUUAUUAUUAGUUAUCUAAACAGGGAAAAAAGAUCAUGAGUCAUAAAGAAAUAUUGUAAGAAUAGAAGUGUUUAUUAAAUUAUUACUUUUUCGUUAUUGUGCAUGCAUUUAAAUGAAUGUUAGUUUGUAAUCAUGUAUGAUCCAAAUAGAGAUGAAGUAAUAAAUGAAUACGAUAGUGAUACUGAGAGCAUUUAUGAAGAUGAAGAUGAAACUACUCGAAUUAUUCCCCCAUCAGUUGAGGACACAAAGAACUGUAUCAAAUCCAGGCAUGUUCUGGGUAUACUCGGAUUUUUGGGAUUUGCCAAUGUUUACGCUAUGCGGGUCAACCUCUCUGUAGCUAUAGUAGCUAUGGUUAAUCAGACAGCUAUACCUCAGCCACCAAAUAGUAAUGACACUUUUGAUCAUUGUCCAAUGAAUGGAAAUAUUACCAACAGUACAGUACCAUCAACUGGGGAGUUUGACUGGGACGAAAAGACGCAAGGUAUAGUUCUUGGAGCGUUUUUUUACGGUUAUGUUCUGACGCAAGUACCUGGCGGCCGAAUGGCAGAACUUUUUGGUGGUAAACUAGUCUAUGGAAUUGGAGUACUUAUCACUGCGAUUUUCACGUUGCUCAGUCCAAUAGCUGCCCGAAUUAACUUUCCUUUAUUUAUUAUUGUUAGAGUGUUAGAAGGCAUGGGAGAAGGUGUCACCUUUCCAUCCAUGCAUGCCAUGUUGGCAAAGUGGGUACCUCCUUUAGAGAGGAGCAAGUUUGGUGCUUAUGUUUAUGCUGGUGCUAAUUUCGGUACUAUUAUAUCUCUUCCGCUUUCUGGUUGGCUGUGUUCUUUGGAAUACGAUGGCGGUUGGCCUCUAGCUUUUUACAUAUUCGGUAUUCUUGGUAUAAUUUGGUUUGGAUUUUGGUUAUAUUUCGUGUAUGACUCUCCUACAGCGCAUCCGAGGAUAGAUAGACAAGAGCAAACAUUUAUUUUAGCAAGUAUAGGACCACAGGAUGAGGACAAGCUCCAAAUACCAUGGUCAAAAAUGUUGACGUGUUUACCUUUAUGGGCUAUUUUGGUGACUCAGUGUGGAAAUUCAUGGGCAUUUUACACCCAAUUGACUGAACUACCAACGUACAUGGACAAAAUUCUUCAUUUUGAUAUUCAAUCAAAUGCGAUUCUUUCUGCUGUACCGUACUUAACUAGCUGGUGGGCUGGUAUUUUGAUAAGUAUGCUGGCUGAUUGGAUGUUGCUUAAAGGAUUUAUUUCACUGUCAAUGUCCUAUAAGUUAUGGAAUUCAGUUGCUUCUAUCAUACCAUCACUGGGUUUUCUGGGCGUGGCCUACGUCGGCUGUGACAAAGUGGCCGCUCAGUUGUUGCUGGCGAUUCCUGGUGCGUUCGGUGGUGCCACCUACGCGGGAAAUCAAAUGAAUCACAUAGCCCUAAGUCCAAAGUUUGCCGGCACUAUGUACGGCAUCACCAAUGCCGCUUCGAAUAUGUGCGGCUUCAUAGCGCCCUAUGUCGUUGGAAUGUUAAUAGAAGGAAGGGAGACAUUAGGACAAUGGAGGAUGGUGUUUUACCUGGCUGCAGGUAUUAACAUCGGAACCAACUUAUUCUAUGUUGCUUUCGCGAGCGCCAAAGAAGUUGCUUGGUCCAAAUCACAAAGGCCCAGCUCAGUUAACUGACAAGCGCUAUACCUAGCUAUGCUGGUAGAAGCAUAGCGUCAUCCAUGUGAUUGUUGAGUGCAAAGAAUAUAAGAUAUUACAGAUACUAAUGUAAGGGAUCUUGACGUUUUACAUUCCUUCAUAAAAAAUAUUUGUUAAUAUAUGUUUUAUAUU